UUGGUCUGAGAUGAUGAAUGAUGCCAGAUUAGAUGAUCAACAGUGAGGGUUUUACGAUACCAGCCCUCCCGUAAGGAUGGAGGAAACAGCAGCCAAAACAAGUCUUUCAGAAGGAGGGAAGGUGAAGGAAUCCUCUUCAAGGACCCUCAUCCAUCAGGAGAGACCUCCAUCACCUGUGCCCACUUGUGUGUCCAUGAAGAGUGACCGGUCAGUGGAUCGCAUGAUCGACUUCCAGAAUGCAGAUUACACUGAUGCAUCAAGAGGCCAGAUGCAGGAAUGGGACCCAGAUGCUGUCAGUGACCCGUUUACCAAGUCUCAACAGGAGGACCUGAAACACAUAUUCCAGGUGUUAGAGGAGAAGAUCAUCACCUUUGUGAAGAAUGAACUGAAGAGAUUCAAGAGGAUGCUGAGUCCAGAUUACCAAGAGAACUUUGAGAAAAAAGAGGAUGAUGAGAGUGAUGUCAGAGAAGGGGCUCUGAAGAUGACACUGCACUUCCUUAGGAAUAUGAAGCUGAAAGAUCUUGCUGACAAACUGCAACAAAAUGAGCUGGAUGUAGUUUGUCAGACUGAGCUGAAAAUAAAUUUCAAGAACAAGUUCCAGAGUGUGUUUGAAGGAAUACCCAAGCAAGGAAACUCUGCUCUUCUAGACAAGGUCUACACAGACGUCUACAUCACAGAGGGAGGAUAUGGAAAAGUAAAUGAAGAGCAUGAAGUCAGACAGAUUGAGUCAAGAUCCAAGAGACCAGCUGGACAGGAGACAUCAAUCAAAUGCAGUGACAUCUUUAAACCCUUACCUGGCCAAGACAAACCAAUCAGAAGUGUCGUCACAAAAGGAGUUGCUGGCAUUGGUAAAACCGUCUCAGUUCAGAAGUUCAUCCUGGACUGGGCAGAGGGAAAAGAAAACCAGGAUAUCCACUUCAUAUUUCCAUUACUGUUUAGGGAGCUCAACCUCAUGAGAGAAAAACAGCUCUCUUUGAUGGAUCUCCUCCACCACUUCUUCACAGAAAUAAAGCAGUCAACUUUUCCCAGCCAAGGGAAGUGCAAAGUGUUGUUCAUCUGUGAUGGUCUGGAUGAAUGUCGACUCCAACUAGACUUUCAGAAAAAUGAAAGUUUGGCUGAUGUGACAGAGCUCACCUCAUUGGACGUACUCCUGACAAAUGUCAUCAAGGGUAAUCUGCUCCCCUCUGCUUUACUUUGGAUUACCUCUCGACCAGCAGCAGCCAAUAAAAUCCCUCCUGAGUGUGUUGACCGGGUCACAGAGGUACAAGGGUUCAAUGACCCACAGAAGGAGGAGUACUUCAGGAAGAGGAUCAGUGAUCAGAAUCUUGCCAGCAGAGUCAUCUCUCACAUCAAAUUAUCAAGGAGCCUCCACAUUAUGUGCCACAUACCAGUGUUCUGCUGGAUUGCUGCUACUGUUCUUGCGGUGAUUCUUGGCUCUUCAGGAGGUGGACAGAUUCCAAAGACUUUGACAGAGAUGUAUACCUAUUUCCUUAUUUUCCAAUCCAAACAGAGGAGCCUAAAGUUUGAAAAUGUGCAUGACCUUGAUCCACAGUGGAACCAGAAAGUUAUCCUUGGUCUUGGAAAGUUGGCAUAUGAACAGUUAGAGAAGGGUAAUCUGAUUUUUUAUGAAGAAGACCUGAGAGAGUCUGGCAUUGAUGUCAGAGAGGCAGCAGUAUGCUCUGGCAUCUGCUCCCAGAUCUUUCAAGAAGAAUCAGGGCUUUAUCAAGGAAAGGUUUUUUGCUUCGUACAUUUAAGUGUCCAGGAAUAUCUUGCAGCUUUGUAUGUUUUUUUGAUGAUGGCAGUUAAAGGGAAAGACAUAAUAUCCAGACACAAAGCUCCUGAAAAAUCCAUUAAUCUUUGGAAAAGGAUAUUGAAUGUGUCUCCUUCAAUAGAGGAAUCCAUGAUCAUCUUACACAAGAGUGCUGUGGACAAAGCUUUGGAGCAUGAAGAUGGACGCUUUGACCUAUUCCUCCGUUUCCUUCUUGGCCUCUCUCUGGAGUCUAACCAGACUCUCCUACAUGGCCUACUACAGAGAGGACAAAAUCAGAUGGGCAAUGAAGAAACAAUCAGUUACAUUAAGGAAAAGAUCAGGGAGGGGUCUUCAUCAGAAAGGGUCAUCAACCUCUUCCACUGUCUGAAUGAACUCAAUGAUCACUCCUUAGUGGAAGAGGUCCAGAGGUUGCUGAGUGCUGGGACACUUUCUGGAGCUAAACUCUCACCUGCCCAGUGGUCAGCUCUAGUGUUUGUGCUGCUGACAUCAGAACAGAAGCUGGAUGUGUUUGACUUGAAGAAGUACAUCAGAUCUGAUGAAGGUUUCCUAAGGCUACAGCCAGUAGUGGAGGAAUCUAAAAAGGCUCAGUAAGUAUGAUGGCAGUCUGUAUUCUCAAGAUAGGAGGGGUUAAUGACUCUAGCUGUGUUUCCAUCUAACUUUUUAAUGCACAUUUUGACCAUUUGAAUAUAAACCCUGACGAGAAACACUUCAAAUUCGUAUAAAAUCUUCUAAUGCAAAUAAACAUGUGAUUGACUAGAGGGGGUGGAUUAUCUCACUAUUGGCAUAGGGUAUAAUGUGACUAAGUUUGAAUGAAAUGGGCUUUUGUUGCAAUUUAAUCACAUUUUCCCAUUAAAGUUGCCCUGAGAACUGUUUUGAUCCCACAGCUUUUCACAACUCCUCCAUUGAUUGAGUGUCCAUUUUCAAUUCUGAUAUGUGGAGAAACAUUUCGUCUGAUUUUUUAAUUGGUUUAGAAGCACAACACUAAUAUACAGACAGCAGCAU